CAGGAGUGAGUGAGGCGACAGAGCGGAGGUGACAGCGGAGAAUGGAGAGGAACCCGUCCGCCCGGCGAGCUUUGACCGCGGCGAGCGAGGAGAACCCACUCGGCCCUUUCCUUCUGGAGCCAGCGUGCUGAAAGAAACCGGGAGGACUUAACAGGGGGGCAAAGGAAAGGAAUGGCUGAUCCUCUGCGGAGGACUUUACUAGCGAAACUCCGGGGGAAGAAAUCCAAGAAAGGAGCGACGGUCGGCGGUGGAUACGGCUCUGCUGCUGCUGCUGCGGCGGCGGCGAAUGGGGGCCGAGAAGGUAAAGAAAAAGUUUUGCAGACGCAGCGAGACUCCGACGAGGCUCGCCCGGUGGUGUUGGUCGCGACAGAGAGAAUGAGUACGUACGAGAAUUGUGUUGACGGGGCGCUGGUGCGAGCCGGGGGGGUUGUGGUAUUCCGGGAGAGCCGCGCGGCGGAGUCGGCCGGCGCGCGUCCCCAGGAGCGCAGCAGCGGGGGCAGGGCUCGGGUUAAUGAGGAGCUCCUGGGGGUCUCACUUCAAAGCGCCGGCCAGUUUGGGGGACACGCGGUCAGGAGGGAGGGAGACGGGAGCCACCAGGGGCCCAGAUGCGGUGGCAAAAUCGCGUUAUCGCCGGGGGUCACGCUCGCAGGACCGCAUGUCCAGAGGAAGCACUUCGUCUCGGUCCCGCGGCAGCGCAGCGUCGGGGAUUCAAUCGGGUUUGGGGACAAUUCAAACCACGUUCUGUACCGCGCACAGGUGGAUCCGCAGGGUAAACCUGCAGCGGGCCCGGUUAGUGCCGCUGAUGGCGAUGUGACAGAGCCCGGAGACAGAGGACAGACAAGGCACAUGGCAGGGACCGUAGGGGCUGCUCCUGAGCUCAACGCCAACUGGAGUCUGAACAACAACCGAAGUUUGGGGCCAGACUCGCCGGUUUGCGCGGCACACGUGCACCCGACCUGUGCGUCAGGUAGCACGGAGGAAAACAUCCUGAUCCGCACUGUUGAGAGCUACGAGCCCGAGUACGCAGGCGACAACAGGGGAACUGCGGGCGCCCUGCAGAGCCCGACGUUUUUCCCCACGGAGUUAGAAAUAUGCGACAUUAGCAUGGCAUCUCUGUGCGCCACGGGGGGCCCACUCAGAUACACCCUAGACAGCGAGGAUGAGGAUUAUUAUGAUAACGAAAUUCUGCCUUUUUAUGAAACCCUUAGAACAAAAAGUGACGACAGGGCAGAGGUGGCAGAGCUGCCUCAGCCCGGUCAGGAUAAAGGACAGCUUAGUGACAGCAACAGUGCCCAGGAAACAGACAGGCUUAGGAACCAGCUGAAAGAAGCUUAUUACCUCCUUAUCAAUGCUAUGAAUGAUAUCAACCUGGAUGUGCAACAGAUCAGUGGUGGUUUCACUGAGCAGCAGGCCUCCUCCUCCUGCAGCAGCCACUCCAGGGACAGCCUGUGCUCCAGGUUGUCCGCCAAGAACAUGGACAGCGACUCCUGGUCGUCAGGAGGCGACCACAGCCCGCAGCAGGUGUCCGACACCGACUCGCUCCUGCUCUGCCUCAGUGGAAUCCCUGAGUCAGGCCUCAGAGACAGCGGGGUGAUUAGUAAGAGCAUGGUGAACCUGUCUCUGAGCAGGAUGAGGCCAGCUUUACUGCGCUCCGCGAGUGAUGGUGCCAUCAGGUACCCAGGUGGACCCUCACUCUGUGCUCAGGCCUCGAGGGCUCAGGGUCCAGACGUCAGUGCCGAGUUAGGGGCCACGGGGACAAAAGAGGGUAGAGAGCUGACAGAACCUCGGGUGCCUUUCGAGGCCGUCAGCAGUGAUGAGAUGCUUCAAGAUGCCGGUGGCGAUGAAGACCGCGGCGGGCAGCUCAAUGAGAGCAGUGGCUCGAUCAACAGCCUCACGGGUUCGUCGGACAGCAACGCCGAAGCAUCAGCACAUCAGGGUCACGACCGCAAGCAGGAGCUGGCCGAGGCGCGAGCGCAGCGAGCCAACUCUGUCAACAAGGGCCACGGUGUCACUGUCAACAAGAUGCAGGAGUGGAUGCACAAGGGGCGGCUGUUGUCCUCCGAGAUGAAGCAGCGCAUCGAGGGCUCAUCUCUGCCUCGCAGAGGAGGCCAAGGCCAGGACCGCUCCUGCCCUCAGGCCAGCCCCGGUGGGUGUAAACCAGGCGCCCAGACGUCCGGCCGAGGGGUUAAAUCUGUCAAGGCCAAGCCACCUGCAGUCAAGUCACCAGCUUUCAUUGAGAAUGUCCAAGCCCCCUGCGCCAAUGGCCGCGAGGCGGGCCGGCCCAGUGAGUCUCCAUCGUGGCGGCCACCGCUCACCACCAUCACGGUCUCCAAGAAGCGCAACUGGCUGCAGCAGAGCUCCCUCGGGAAGAAUCACUGCGCCAAGGACGAGCUGCAGGGAAUGCUGGGAUCUGAGGAGGAGGGCAGCCAGGUCUCCCAUCAGCUGCCACCUCCUCCCAGUCCCUCUCCAGACCACCUGAGACCCUCAGGUGGAGCCCCGUCACGGCCGGCUCGCCUGCACCUGCCACAGGUGAACAUCAGCCAGACUAAGGUGUCCCCUCACCCUCGGAGUGUGGACCCCGCCGAGGAGAAUGACGCUGACGACGAAGGAGAAAUCUGGUACAACCCGAUCCCUGAGGAUGAGGAACCGGAGAUGUCUCACCGACCCUCGGUUCGGCUUAUGGUUCCCCCUCGAGCGGAGCUCCAGAGGAGGCCCAGCCGGGGAGGGGAUGCGGGUCACGGUGGCAGGAACCUGGGGGGCGGCAGCGGCGCCGGGCCGGAGGCACUCGGGGAAAGCCUUGGCGGCGGUUCAGGAGAUGGGAUUCAGGGGAAUGCUGUACAUUCCACAGAGGCACUACAUCUGCACAGACAGAUGCUCGCGUGCAAACCUCAGGAGGAGGGGGGGGCAUCCACCAGCAGAGCAACAGAUGGUCCUGACCUGCCCAAUGCAGUCAGCUCUCCUCCCUCCAGUCCAAACCCCACCAAGAAGAGCAGCUCCCUAAACUGGUCCUUCCCAGACAAGAUCAAGUCCCCUCGCACUGUGAGGAAGAUCUCCAUGAAGAUGAAGAAGCUUCCGGAGCUAAGCCGGAAACUCAGCGUCAAGGGAACCCCGAGUGGCAGUAACAGCAACAACGGGAGCAGUCACUUAGAGCCCAGAGCUCAUUCUCCCCGAAACAACGGGACUGGGUCAGAGGCCGCCCCUCAUUCCUCAGGCCCUCCCAGGUUAGCUACGUCUGGCGGUGGGCAGGCGAGCCGCAACGUGAUCUCACGCUACCACCUGGACAGCAGCGUGUCCACACAGCACAGCUUCAGCAAGAAGAAAAGUAACGGCAGCUCAAAGUCCGCCAGUAAAGGUGGCUACCUCAGCGACGGUGACUCACCUGAGCUGGUGGCCAAGUCGGGGAAGCACGGCUCUGCGGAGGGGAAAGGAGGGAAAAACAAGGAGAUGGAAGGAGGUGGUGGAAGCUCCAAACUCAACGGCACGGAGCUGGACAUUGAUGCUUUCCGCCAUUACAGCUUCACUGAGCAGCCCAAGUGCAGCCAGUACAUCUCUGGACUGAUGAGCCUGCACUUUUAUGGUGCUGAGGACCUCAAACCUCCACGCAUCGACUCUCGAGAUGUUUACUGCGCCAUCCAAGUGGAUUCGGUUAAUAAAGCACGAACCGCUCUCCUCACGUGUCGAACUACCUUCCUAGAUAUGGACCACACCUUCAACAUCGAGCUGGAGAACGCCCAGCACCUAAAGCUGGUGGUGUUCAGCUGGGAGCCCACGCCGAGACGCAACCGUGUUUGCUGCCACGGCACGGUGGUCUUGCCGGCGCUCUUCCGGGUGACGCGUAGCCACCAGCUGGCGGUGAAGCUGGAGCCGCGGGGUCUGAUCUACGUCAAGCUGAGCCUGAUGGAACAGUGGCAGAACUCCCUGGAUGGAGGGCCAGAUGGAGACAGGGAGCCUCAGGUCUUCGGCGUGGAGGCGUGGAAGGUGGUGGAGAGGGAGAAUACGGGACUGAUGGUGCCGCUGAUUAUCAGCAAGUGCAUUAAUGAGAUCGAAAAGCGAGGCUGCCAGGUGGUGGGUCUCUAUCGUCUGUGUGGAUCUGCAGCCGUGAAGAAGGAGCUACGAGAGGCGUUUGAGAGGGACAGCUACGCCGUGGAGCUGUGCGAAAACACCUAUCCUGACGUUAACGUCAUCACAGGAGUACUGAAGGACUACCUGCGAGAACUGCCCUACCCGCUUAUCACCAAGCAGCUUUAUGAAGCAGUGUUGGAGUCCAUGGCCACAAGGCCUCUGCGGAUAGGAGCGUCGGGCUGCGAGAACGACCAGGCCGACUCCGAGCACACCGUCAGCCUGCUGGACAACCUUCCGGAGGUGGAGAGGGUGACACUGCGGAGGCUUCUCGACCACCUAAAGUUGGUGGCGUCCUACCAGGAAGUGAACAAGAUGACGUGUCAGAACCUGGCGGUGUGUUUCGGCCCGGUGCUGCUCAGCCAGCGCCAGGAGGCGUCCUGCCACACCAACCGAGUCUUCAUCGACUCCGAGGAGCUGGCCAGCGCGCUGCACUUCAAAAAACACAUCGAAGUCCUGCACUACCUGCUCCAGCUCUGGCCAGUGGUGGACCCACAUGGCCAGUCGUCCUCUCAGCCCACUGCCGCCUGUUUUGUUCCGGCCUCAUCUGACCUGAUAUCAGCUCCUCCAAUACGGCGGAGAAAAGAGCGCCCCCAGGUCCUGAACCUCACUGAGGCGGAAAUGGCGGGAGUUCUGCGGCCCAGACCGGGACGCCUCGACAGCCCCAGCAACCGCUACGCCGGCGACUGGAGCGGCUGCGGCGAGAGCUACUUCCCCUGCGACAUCCUGCUCCCUCCCAGCAAAGAGGAGGCGGACUAUGAUGACGUGCCCUCCGAGGACACAGAGGCAGCUGAGGAGGGGAAGGAGAAGCCCGAGGACGCAGAGGAAGAUGAAGGGCAGGGGGUAGAGAUCCCUGCGUCUGAACCUGCCGAGCUGGAGCAACCUCAGAGAGAUGAGGUGGUGGAGGAGGAGGAAAAGGAGGAAGAGGAGGAGGAAAGACAAGUGGAGAGUGAUAGUUCUGGCAACGGGCAGCCGUUAGAGGACAAUGAGGAGGAGGAGGAAGAUGAGGAGGAGGAGGAGGAGAGGGUGUGCGACCACAUCCUUCCACCUCGUCUGCCCAAAGAGCACACCUACCAGGCGUACAUGAAGAUCCAGGACAUCAGCCCCGUGCUGAGCAACAGGGUCAACCUGAGAGACCUGCAGGAGAGCAUCGACACUCUGAUAGGAAACCUGGAGAGAGAGCUCAACAAGAACAAGCUCAACGUCGGAUACUGACUCCUGCUCACACACUCAUACACCCUGAUGAGGUUCGGGGAAGACCUUUGUCAAGGUGCUUCAGCAUACAGCCACAGUGUUUCCAUCCUGUGAUCCUGUGACGUUGACGUGACAGCGUGUUGCGGUGCUGCUGUACGAACUGCAACGACGAGAUGAGAAGAGAUGUAACGGGGCACUUCUGGCGUUUGUACCUUACCCAUAGACAUUCCGUAAUGUGUUUAUUUUCCUUUUAUUUUGUCGACUGUCUUACUUUAUGUUGCUGUUGUCAGUUUGUUUCAGUCUGGUUCUGUGUUCCAUGUUGUUAUUGUUGCUUCUCUUCUUAUUAGAAGAACCCAUUGACCCCUCAGGGGUUUAAAAGGUGCCUUAAUUGUGUGAAGGUGGUACGUCAAGAGGAAAAUCCACCCUGAAAGAAAAUGUCUCCCCUCGUAUGAUCUUGAUACAGGGCUUGCAACUUACAGCAUAACCUCAUGCAAGCUUUCAGUCAGUGAUACUGAUCCAACGUUUGUAGAUGCAAAGUUACUGAUAGACGAUAUUCAUUCAGUUUUUAAAACCGACCAAAACAUCCCAGGGCUUCCAGAGUUCCCCCAAAGUACUUUUUUGUAUUUUUUUUUUGGCAGUCUUCUAAAGCAGCAUUUGAAAUUUGGACUCUUCCACAUCUUUGCGGUGGUAGAAAAAAAUCUGGGAUGCCCAAGGCCUUUCAAUACAAAUUGGUUUCCAACAAAAAUAUAGAAUUAGGUAAUUCAAUUAAUCAAAAAUGUACAAAGGAAACAAAUCCAACGUUUUGGUUUUGCAGUCAAGGCCAACCAUCUAUCACUUUUGUUAGUGGAAGAAAUAUGUUCCAAUAUUUUAAUGGACCCCUCUAUUAUUUGCUGGAACAUGAGUCUCAAAAGAUGAAUGGGCAACAUUGUUCCUGAACUUUUUUGUGUGUCUGUUUUCAAGCAUUUAAACCAAGAUCAUAGGAGGAACAUGCGCACAUUCUGUUUGAGAGUGGAUUUCCUUUUUAAGGCAGCAGAGAGCUUUUCUAUUGAGGUAUGAAACACUAAAUGUUGUACAACAAUAAUGCACUUAUGAGGCAGGCAGUAGUUUAGUAGAUUGUCAUUAUAUUUCAUGCAGUAAAAUAUUUACCGGACUGAAUUGAGGGAGGAAGAGCCGCCACUGAAACCUCCUCUUCUGGGAUAAAUAUGAAAAAAAAUAUGGCUUGAAAUGUAUUUUCCUUCAGUAUUGUUUCGAUACUGCACAUCUAUUAGAAUUAAAUAUAAGAUAGGGAUAAUAAAACUCAACAGAAAGCUGAUUUAUAUUAUCUGAAAAAGGCAACUAAAAAACAGAAACUGUGUUUCAUGUGGCUUCAGAAUUGUCCAACAUUUUGAGAAGUUCACUUAUUCACUUUGCUGCUGAGAGUUACAGGAGAUGAGAAUAUUACCACCAGUCUCAUGCCUGUGUGCUGAACAUUAAGCCAGAGUUACAUGUAGUGUUGAGAGAUUAUUUGGCUGAAAGUGGAGUACACAAUACAGAUCAUUUACUUAUACGCAUGCAAGUAUCAUCCAAAUAAAAUGCUUCAGUAUUUGUAUUUGUUGGGUAGGCUAACAGACUGAAGUUUAUUAUAAGUUCAUAAAAAAAAAAAAAAUAUGUAUAUAGUUGACCACAUGAUCCAAAUCACUGAUCUGAAGCUUCAUUCAGAUCAUGUUCUGUAAAUAGCUGUGGACUAAAUCAUAAACAUAACAGCUUCUGAUCAACACAUACAAAUGUCACAUUUAAAUGAACGUCCGGUUAGCCACGCCCACUGCUGAUGUCAGCAGACAUAUAGACCUUUUGGUUGGUUGAAGUGAUACAGAUAUGGAUGACUGUCUACUUGCUCGUCCCUAGUUAGAAGAUAGCUAGCUUAGCGUCUUCUGAUAAAUCUGCAUCUAUUAAAAGCCUCUGGUUAGCCACACCCACCUCCGAUGGGAGCAACGCCCACUUCCUGUUCAAACCCAUUUUGAAUAAGAAUACAGGUACAGAUCAUUUAGUUAGUUGAAUUGAUAACAGACGCACAUAAAGCAGCCCACGCGCUCAUCCCUAGCUAGACGAUAGUUAGCUUAGCAGCUUCUGAUUCACUCUGAUUUGUUUCACCCGUACAAGGUCAUCACGCUCGAGCUAAGCUAACGUGAGAGUGGUGUCCAUCUCCUCAUCUACCUCUCGGCAAAAAAGCUAAUUAAAGAGAAUUUCCUCAAGAUGUCGAACUAGUACUUUUGAAAAACCACCUGAUGAGUCACCUUUCUGCCUGUCAUAGCUUUUUAGGCAAAAAAACGUGAAACAGCCCAAAUGUGAAGCACAAUGUUCAGCGCAGCAGUGGAAGAUGUUAGUGGAGGGCCUCAGUUAGUACGACUUAGCUAGCUGCCUAAAUCGACAAAGGACGUUUUUCAGCAAUCCAGGGAUUCCGAAUGAUCAGUAUUUAACCUAUAUGUAUAUGUAUAUAAUUAUAUAAAUGUAUUCGGAGUAUAUUAUUUUUACAGCUUCUAUUUCAAUGGCGUAUUUAAAUACUUCUGAUGACCUCGUGUAGUGUUGACUUGUAGCAAUAGUUCGCUUCCCCCCCUCCCUCCCUCAAGCUACCUGUACACAUGUUAAUGUGCUGGACUAAUGGUACAACUUUAGCUGUAAAAUAUAUGAUAAAAUCGUGCUCUUGCAGAAAAACAGUGAUGUUGUUAUUUUUAUUGUAUUGUGUAUAUAUUUGACAUUGUUUUGUGUCUCUGGUGGACUAAGCUGUGUUUUAUUUGGUGUUUUUUAUUUUUAAGGUACUGAACGUUGCAUGGUCAAAAGCUUUACUGACAUAAAUCAUCCGCCUUUGUAUCUGAUAUUUAUGUGUAAAAAAAAAAAAAAAAGACUUAUUUUGCGAUGUAUGCUCGUUUGUUCGUCACCCUGUUCCUUCGAUAGAAAGAUGGCAUUGGUCAAGGUUUUUUUUUUUUCCUCCAGAGGACUCAAAAGGCGGACGGGGACUCAGUUUGAUGCUGUGCCGUAUCUCGCAAAUUGUACGUCUUUGCUGUGAAUAUACAGGAUAUUCCCUCAUCAACCUCCAGCUCAGAUUUAAACAUUUUAAUAUGACAAUUGAAGAGGAUAUUUUCAGUCUUCACAAAUGAGCAUGUUUCCAGAAUCUUUACUCAUAUGUUUUAUUCUGGAAGAUGGACUGACAGGUGAAACCCAGUGGCAGAAUUUCACACAUUUUUUUAAAAGAAUGAGAAAUCGGAGUUGGCUUGAAAUAGGAGUUAUCUGGUAAGUCAUGUUAAAACAGAAAGAAUUUCCUCAGCUGUGGCUGCUUUCUACACAUUUGGUACUCUUCAUGCAUUCCUGUCAGUUCUAGCAUCCUCUCACCUUCUUACCUCUGUGUCGCAGAUUAUAGCAGCAAACUGCGUGCAUCAUUUUUUCAUGCGUACGUCUGACGUGGUUAAUCUUCCUGUCUUGGCCUCUUUGUCCUUUGGAGAGAAAAUGUCACGUGGAAAGCAUCACUAAACAAAACAGAAAAGUGCUUUGUAUUGAUCCUGAGAAAUGUACGGUCAUAAUAAAGUAUAUUAUUUUACAUGCA